AUGCACAAACACUCUCACAUCAUCUCCAAAAUCAAACCCAAGAUUCGCAUAAUUCACAUAUUCGCACCAGAGAUCAUCAAAACAGAUGUCGCAAACUUCAGGGAAUUGGUCCAAAGGCUCACCGGAAAACCAACGGAGAAGAAGAAACCGAAGACAAGAAAACAACCCCAUAAAAGAUCGAAUCUUUUGCAGGGUGGAAUGGAGGUGAUCAGGGAGAAGAUCAAAGGGGAGGAAGAUAUAUGGGUUGGAGCGAAUUCUGGUGGAGGAUUCUUGGGUGGAUUUGGUGAUCUUGAUGGAUUCAUGCAAGAGUUUAACAAUCAUAAUCAUGGCUUCGCAUCAGUUCAACAAAAUCUUGAUACACCAGCUGCUACUUUGGUUAAUUCUCAUCUGGAUUAUGGUUUUGGGGAAAGAUCAUUCAAUCUGCCUACCUAUAGCUAA